AUGGCAGUGAGCAACAACCUAACAGCAAUCCUCAAUUUCAUAGCAUUCAUGUGUUCAAUCCCCAUAAUUACCGCCGGAAUAUGGCUCGCAUCAAAGCCCGACAACGAGUGUAUCCACUGGCUCCGGUGGCCGGUGGUCUUCAUGGGAAUAUCAGUCCUCCUUGUUUCCUUACUGGGCUUUGUCGGCGCCUACAGGAAAAAGGAAGGCCUUCUCGGAGUUUACCUUGUGUUAAUGGCCAUUCUCAUAGUUCUACUUCUUGUUCUACUGAUUCUUGCCUUCGUCGUCACGCGCCCGAAUGGCAUGUACUAUGUUCCCGGUAGGGCUUACCAUGAGUACCGGCUGGAGGGUUUCUCCCCUUGGCUGAGAAAUCAUAUUACAAGCUCUGAUUAUUGGGGGAAGAUAAGGGCGUGUUUGGCUGACUCUUCCAUUUGUCCUAAAUUGUCUCAGGAGUAUAUAACUCCUGCUGAUUUCUUUGCUGCUCAUCUGUCUCCAAUUGAGUCGGGUUGCUGUAAGCCUGCAACAAUCUGUGGGUUCCAAUACACGAGUCCCACAUCGUGGAUCGUCCCAUCAAAUCAAGCAGCGGACGCAGAUUGCUUCAUAUGGAACAACGAUCCGAGCCAACUGUGCUAUAACUGUAAUUCUUGCAAGGCUGGUCUAUUGGGAAACCUAAGACAGGAAUGGAGGAAGGCCAACAUAAUCCUUAUAAUCACAGUUGUGGUUCUAAUUUGGGUUUAUCUUAUUGCUUGCAGUGCAUACAGAAAUGCUCAAACCGAAGAAUUAUUCCGCAGAUACAAACAGGGCUGGGUUUAA